CGGGGCGGAUUCCGGCGGGCGCGUGAACGGUGGAGGUGGCGGCGGAAGUAACCGGUGGGCCAGGUCCCUGCCGACACCAUGCUCCCAUUGUCACUGCUGAAGACGGCUCAGAAUCACCCCAUGUUAGUGGAACUUAAAAACGGGGAGACAUACAAUGGGCACCUGGUAAGCUGCGACAACUGGAUGAACAUCAACCUGCGUGAGGUGAUCUGCACAUCCAGGGAUGGGGACAAGUUCUGGCGGAUGCCCGAGUGCUACAUCCGUGGCAGCACCAUCAAGUACCUGCGCAUCCCUGAUGAGAUCAUUGACAUGGUCAAAGAAGAGGUGGUGGCCAAGGGUCGUGGCCGUGGUGGUCUGCAGCAGCAGAAACAGCAGAAAGGCCGUGGCAUGGGGGGUGCCGGGCGAGGUGUCUUUGGUGGUCGUGGCCGAGGUGGGAUCCCAGGCACUGGCAGAGGUCAGCCAGAAAAGAAGCCAGGCAGGCAGGCGGGCAAACAGUGAGCUGGCCCUGUGUCCCCCAGAGACUUGAGCCCUCCUCUGCCAGGCUGCAUGUCUGCUCCGGUCCACGAGUCUGUUCAGAAGAGAAAAAAGAGGCAGGUGUUUGGGGGACCCCAGCCUGUGCAUUUUGUGAUCCUCCUCUUUAUGUCAAGUCCUUUAUUUUAUUUUUUUAAUUGAUUUUUGAGAGAGGAAAGGGGAGAGAGAGAAACAUCGAUUGGCU